UUGGUGGUGCACUAGUGGCUUGCCCCGCUUGCCGGAGUCCACGCACAACGCGGAUUUUCUUGCACUACAACACCCGACACCACACAUCACCAUGGGCGCCGCAUUCGACUUUGCGCCGGAACGGCCAGAGCACAUCCAGACCACGCUUGAUGGCCUGGACAGAUACAACCCCGAGACGACGGGCACCUUCCAGGACUAUGUCAUGGCGCAGUGCGAGAACCAGACAUACGACUGCUACGCGAACCUGGCCCUGUUGAAGCUCUACCAGUUCAACCCCCACCUGGCCCGCGACGAGACCAUCACCAACAUCCUCGUCAAGGCCCUCACCGUCUUCCCCAGCCCCGACUUCUCCCUCUGCCUGUCGCUGCUGCCCGUGCACACCCUCGCGCCCCUCUCGUCGUCCGCCCACAACCCCGCCGCCGGCGACGCCCCGCUGUCCGAAGCCGUCCAGAAGCUCAACGAGCUGCGCAACCAGCUCGAGGGCGCCGACUACGCCGCCUUCUGGGCGACGCUCGACUCGGAUGACCUGUACGCCGACCUGAUUGCCGACGUGGCCGGCUUCGAGGAGCUGAUGCGCGUGCGCAUUGCCGCGACGGUCAGCCAGGCCGUGCGCGAGGUCGACCAGAGCAUUCUCGAGUCGUGGCUCAACCUGUCCGGCAGCGAGUUCGAGCACUUUGUGGGCAGUGUGUGCGGCUGGACCGUUGAGGCGGGCAAGGUCAAGGUCCCGAUCAACAAGGACAACGAGGCCAAGGGCACCGUGGUGAGGGAGAACGUCAAGUUCGAUCAGUUUGCCCGCGUCAUCAAGCGCGCGUACGAGCAGCCCGCAUGAGCACCACACAGACACGACGACACGAGAGACGGACAAGACCCGGGGCGCGCUCGGCGAAGCAGCGAAGCAGCGAAGCACGUGGAGCCUGUGAAGCCUGUGAAGCCUGUGGCGUGCGGAGGGCGAGGAGCGCAGCGGCAGCCCGCACAACAGGCGCUCCCCCCACAGCAAUGGACUGGAUGCACAGCUUGUAUAUACCCCAGCGACAGACUAGCACUGCCAUGAACCCCCGUUCGGGCCACCACGCCGGUACACAGGCUGGUGAGAUGAUGAAUUCAAAGUAACGCCAUUUUUUGUCGCCUAGUUGCCAUCGAGAUGAAGGGAGAAAGACCGUAGAUUGAGCAGUACUGGUCCAGCAGUCCGUAACAGCCACUACUCUUCCUAUACGCGCCCUGUUCCUUCAAUCCAGCACACCGUACCCCUUCACCAUCGCAUUC